AUGCACCUCAGUGCGUGGAAGGAGUUGGGGGGCUGUGGUCGCUUGUCAAUCUUCCACCAGCUCCCAAUCCGCAGCUCGAGUGGGGCCAGUGCUAGUGUGUCUGGCCUUCAGCCAGGAGAUUCUGAUUCCCAGUUCCACCAUCUCCGGUUGGAAAGCGCCCGCAAGAGUUGCAGAGUCCCGGCGGAACAGCAAGUCAGGAGGAUGGUGCGAGUGGCACUGCAACUGGCGAACGGCAGCGGGGACGGGCUGCUGCCGGCCGGCGGCUCUCAGGACGUCGAGUCCCGGGAGCUCAGAGUGGCCAUCCCGGUGACGGUGGCGGGGAUCUGCGCGAUGGGGCUGGCGGGGAACGGGUUGUUGCUGGCCGUGCUGCUGGGCUACGCUCGCAGGGGCCGCUCGUCGCUGAUCCACGGGCUCCUGGCGAGCCUGGGAGCCGCCGACUUGCUCGUGCUGCUGCUGUGCGCCCCGCUGCGGGCGGCCGCCUGGUCGCGCUCCUCCUGGGUGCUCGGCCGCUUCGUGUGCCGCACCUCGGAUUGGUUCCUGCACGGCUGCCUGGCGGCCAAAGCUUUUACCGGGGCGGCGUUGGCCAAAGCCGGCCUCGUGUAUGUCAGCCGGAGCCCCAAGGCGGGACCCGGAGCCCCGCUGCAGCGCUGGAGGGUCGCCACUUUGUUGGUCGGCCUCUGGGCUCUCGCCUUCAGCCUGCCUCUGCCCCACUGGAUUUUCACCAGUGUCCGCCUCCAGGCGUCGGGCAGGCGGCUCUGCGUUGCCCAAGCGCCGGGCGGCGCCUUCCCCGCCGUCUACUCCAAGCUGUACCCGCUGCUGGUGUACGGCGCGCCGGUGCUGUGCAGCCUCAGCUUCCAUUGCCAGGCCCUCAGGAGGUGCCGGCGGCACGGCGGCACCGCCACGGUCAGCCCCGCGCACAAGCUGCGGAACCAGCUGCGGGGCAGGCGCCUGGUGGUGCUCUCCUCCAGCCUGAGCUUGGCAUUCGCCGCCCUCUGUGCCCCCGAGUGGGUGGUCUGGCUCUGGCUGCGGCACAGCCCCCAGCGCAGCCAGGCCACUCCGCCCGUCGCCCUCGCCCUGCUCGCCCAGCUGCUGGUGCUCGCCCUGUCCUUUCUCGACCCGCUCCUCUUCGCCGCCCUCUCCGACGAGUUCAGGGAGGAGUUUCCGGGACUCUGGAAGAAGUUGAUCUCCCGGAGGCCCCGGAUCCCGGCACCUACCGCACCCAGGACCCGGGAGAGCGGAGGGUCCGGCGCCCGAAGCGACCCCGUCCAGCCCCGGCAGGAGAAGUCCGUCCAGGUGCCCGAACCCGACCAGGAGAGCCCGGCCAGCAAGGCUGCCAACUUGGUCCUCACCGACAUGGAGCAGUUCUGGCACGACCGGCAGAACAUCCCCGCCGCUGCACAGGAAGAUCCCAUCCCCUGGGAGCAUCAAAGCGAGACGCCUUGCCCCGAGAUAUGAUGGAAGCUGGGUCGCUGGGAGGGAGCGGGCUUUCAUUGAAAUAUUCUCUUCGUGUGAUUUCGAAGUUAGUUUUGACUGCAAUUGGCCAGAUUUUGAGCAGGACUCCCCGCACUGGAUGAAUCAAUU